GCGCCGCAUCGCGGCGGCCAUUUUGUGCGGCUGCGGUCGGUGCGCGGGGCUCGGCGCGCCGCGGGCCCGGGCGGGGCGGCUCCGUUCUAACCCUUUUUCCCGUACAGAUCCCUCGGUUUGUUUUGGCUGCUUGUACUUCCUACAGGAAAAUACUUGUUUCAGUUAUACAGCACUGUUUGGAAUGUUUGCAGCAACAUAAACAAGUUUCUUGGGGAAUAAAAUCAGCAGUGUUGAUAUUACAAAAUGACAAAACAUCCUCCGAAUAGAAGAGGGAUCAACUUUGAGGUGGGAGCCCAGUUGGAAGCCCGUGACAGAUUAAAAAACUGGUAUCCAGCCCACAUUGAAGAAAUUGAUUAUGAGGAGGGGAAAGUGCUUAUCCAUUUCAAGCGCUGGAACCACAGAUACGAUGAGUGGUUUUGCUGGGACAGUCCUUACCUGCGUCCCCUAGAGAAAAUACAGUUAAGAAAAGAAGGAUUGCACGAGGAGGAAGGUUGUGCAGGAUUUCGUAUCAAUGAUCAGGUGUUGGCAUGCUGGUCUGACUGUCGCUUCUAUCCAGCCAAAGUGACUUCAGUUAACAAAGAUGGUACAUACACUGUGAAAUUUUAUGAUGGUGUAGUUCAGACAGUCAAAAACAUUCAUGUCAAAGCUUUUUCCAAAGAUCAGAAUAUUGUGGGUGAUGCUAAGCCUAAGGAAAGAGGUAAUGAAAUUCCGUCAUCUCCUGAAAACCAGGAGAAGUUUAAAGAGCAGAGGAAAGCAACAGGUAGUGCAAAGAAAGACGAAGAUGAAAAGACAUUAAAGACUGAGAAACGAGUUAAACAACCUGAUAAAGAGGGAAAAUUUAUAGUCAUCUCAGAAAAAGGCAAGAUCUCAGAAAAGAAUAUAUCUAAGAAUGGAAAAGAAGAUAAAGAGAAUAUAUCAGAGAAUGAUAUGGAAUAUUCAGUAGAUACACAAAUUGAGAAGAAGCCUGAGAAUGACAAGGUAAAGAGUCCUCAGGAGAACGGGAGAGAAACGAAGCGCAAGCGUGGCCGGCCCCCAGUAACACCUUCCACGGAGCCAAGUUGUCAGACACUGCAGCCCAUAACUUUGGAGUUACGAUGUCGGAAAAUACCUAAAGGAGGUGAAGUUCCACUGAAGCGGCCCAGGAUUGAAAAGAACUUGUCUGCUCCAGCUCAGGAAAAAUCUAAGAACUCUUCAGAUAAUGCUGAGAGAGACCAGAUCAGGAGACGAUCUUCCAGACUCUCCUCCAGUAUUAGCCAUGAGAUUUUAAACACAGAUCUUGUCACAACUUCCACAGAAAUUCAGACUUGGAAAGAUGCAGUACCCAACCAAAAUGAAUCUGAGAAAGUCCAGUUAGAAAUUCCUGUUGAACCUGACCAAAGUUUUGGUGAACAAGGAUCACCUGCAAAUACAUCCCAUAGCACAGCACUCAGUACAGAUGCCAGUUUGCAGGAAGAAAAAGCUGAGGACACUGAGUCUUCCUCUGUUCCUGCCAGAACUCAAGAACCUUCUGCUGCUACAGGUUCAGUAACAAAACCUUGUAGGAGAGCAGAUUUUCUUGCAUCAAAAAAAGCUGCAGCUGUUGACCAAGAUCACAAGUUUAGAUGCAAGUUCUUGGACUGUUCCAAAUCCUUCCGCAAAGCCAAGCUAUUGCAUUAUCACAUGAAAUACUUUCAUGGAGUGGAGAAGGCUGCAGAAUCACAGCAGAGCCCUGUAAAAAGAAAUAUUCAAACCAGAGCUUCUUUGGCUUCUGAAAAAGCUAAUCAAGAAAGGUCAAAAAGAGGACGGAGCACAGCUGGUUCACUGUAUGCUCCUCCACACAUAGCCCUCAGGAGUACCCCAUAUAGAGAUGAAAAAGUAGAAAGGAGAAGAACUUCAGCUCCUGUGAGUGUGUUAAACAGUCACCGCCAUUCUGUUAGAGCCCAAGGCAGGAAGCACCUGGCACGAGCGCUGCGGAGACCUCGGGAGAGAGCCCAGCAUGCUGUUAAAGGACAUGAGAAGAAGAAGGAAAAAAAAUCCAAAGACUAUGGAAGAUCAAAGUCAAAGAAAAAGAAAAAAAAGAAAAAGAGGUCUAAGCCUGGGUAUUCAGGCACUGGGGAGAACACAGAUACCUCACAAGAGCUUUCACCAGAAAAAUCAAUUGUUACAAAAUCUAAUUCUUCAAAUAAAUCAUCUGCUCACCCGAGUACCCUGCUGCACUGCCCUGAUUCUGGACAGCACAAGGGAAAAUCAAAAGCAAAUGGAUUUUAUAUAAAUACUUCUUGUACAGAGGAUGACACCCUGAGUGAGUCAUCUAUGGAUAGCUUGCCUUGGAGUGAUGAUGACUGCAGUCAGGAUGUUGAUGUAACCACCAACCCUGAUGAAGAAGUUGAAGAAAGUGAUUUUGAGAUGGUUCGGUGUGUUUGUGAAGUGAAAGAAGAAAAUGACUUCAUGAUUCAGUGUGAAGAGUGUCUGUGCUGGCAGCAUGGAGUCUGUAUGGGCUUAUUGGAAGAUAAUAUACCUGAGAAAUAUACCUGCUAUAUUUGCCAAGAUCCUCCAGGUCAGAGGUCCAGCUUAAAGUACUGGUAUGAAAAGGAGUGGUUAAGCAAUGGUCACAUGCAUGGCUUAGGAUUUUUGGAAGAAAAUUACUCCCACCAGAAUGCCAAGAAGAUCGUGGCCACUCACCAGCUGCUGGGCGAUGUCCAGCGAGUGAUCCAGGUCCUGCACGGGCUGCAGCUGAAGAUGAGCAUCUUACAAAAUAAAGAACACCCUGAUUUAAAGCUUUGGUGUCAUCCAUGGAAGCACAUCACAGUGGAUGAAAAAAUCCAUACAAAACACAUCAUUCACUUUGAGGAAAACUGUUGCAAAGAGGAGACAGCAAGUUACAGAACUUGGAAUGGGACAGUUGAGAAGCCCUCAGCAAUUCCUUCUGUGGAGGAAUCUUACAUCACAAGUGAGCACUGUUACCAGAAGCCUCGAGCCUACUACCCUGCCAUAGAGCAGAGGCUGGUUGUGGAAACAAGAGGCUCAGCCAUGGAUGAUGGAGUAAACAGGAUAAGGGAAAAUGGGGAUGACACCCUCUCAGAGAGGUUUGGCUGGAAUCUGGACCAAGAAAUAUGCAAGAUGGAAAGUGAAUCCAAACACAGUUACUCCAAGGUGAGAGAGCCUGUCUCUAAGAAAGUCUCUCCAGAGGAAGCUAUUGAAAUGAAGUUGCUGGAAAAAGACAAAGAGGGAGUUGUGAACUCACAGCUGCAGUGGCAGCUCAAUCUUUUAGCUCAUGUGGAAUCUCUGCAAGAUGAAGUCAUACAUAGAAUGGAUUUCAUUGAGAAGGAGCUAGAUGUUCUGGAGAGUUGGCUGGAUUACACAGGAGAGCUGCAGCCCCCAGAACCACUGGCUCGACUGCCCCAGCUCAAGCACUGCAUCAAGCAGCUGAUAACAGACCUGGGCAAGGUGCAGCAGAUUGCUCUGUGCUGCUCCACGUGAGGCUGGCAGCAGCUCUGACUCUGCAAGAGAAACCAGCCUGCUGCUUGCAUGGGAUGCAGACUGACUUCAGGGACUUGGGAAGAAGUGUUGUUCACAGAGCAAAAGGUUAUUUCAGGUCUGUUAGAUGAUUAUAAUGCUGUGGAAAAGGUCAUACUCUUGUCUCCAGAGGUUGCCUGUUGGUUGAUAAGUUACACUCAAAUUUUCACUCCUUACAAGUUGCCCAUCAAAGCAGUAGACUUUUUUCAUCAUUAAAUUGACUAAAAAUUGUGCCACUGAAGAACAGAGUCCUAAGAGCCAAAAAAGUUUGGUUGACAGGGGUUGUAAAUAACUUUGCAUAGUUUAAGUGACUCAUGUCAUGUUUUAUUUCUUCUGGUUUAUUCAUACUAGCACUCAGUAUUUAAUCAUUAGGAGAUGUUAUAACAGUUUCAGACUUGGUAAGUAUGAAUGUCCAGCUCUUGACUACAAAAGUGUUAUGUGGAGGUUUUCAAGUAACAGUGGCCUGACCCACACUUCUGUUACAAUAAAUAAUGUAGCAGGAGGUCACAGGUGGAUUGCACUUCUUUCCAGAAUAAAUUGUUUUCCAUAUUUAUGGUGUCACUGUCACUUGGUACUGAGGGAGCCAUGGAGGUGUUUGUGCAUUCCUGAGCUCUUCCCUCCUGCAGCAGGUGCUGGUGGAUCCCUUGCUGCAGGGCACAGAAAAGGACUGCAAAGGACAGAGCCACGCCCUGAGGUCAGACUGCAGCAUGGUCUGUCAUGGAUGUGAUGUAUUUUCUACCAUUUGUUAAUAAUUGCCAUUCCAGUUAUAUUUGGAAAUGUAGAUUUUUUUUUUUUUUUUUUUUGCAAUACUCUGGAUGUGUUCACUGUAAAGACUUGCUAUGAAUGUGUGGUUUUGGGAAUCAGUUUUUGUGUAAAUAAAGCCUCAAGAUUUAUGCAUGAGGUGCUGUCCUUGCAGACAGUGAGUGGGUUAUUAUCUUAAAUGGUCUGUGUUCACAAAGUCCCUUUUUAUACCUUAAGUUUUAAUUUUUGGUCUGUAUUUACUUUGUCACUGUAAGGUGACAAGGCUGCUGGUGUUCAGUCACAUUACACAGAACCUUUGGAGCAUUGUGAGCAAUUGGGAGGUUCAGAGUCUUUGAGCUGCAGAUCACCACUCCUGCAGCUUUAGUUUUCCUUGGCAGAGCUGCUGAGUUCAGUUCCCUGUGGAACACAGUGAGCUGGUUUUGCAAUGAGAGAGUGUCCUUAAAAAGCUGGAUUUGUUACCCUUAUUUUGUGUGCAGUGGUACUACCAGAGGGUAACAUUCAAACAGAGUUUUAAUGGAAAGGCCCAUACCUGUACAAAUUGUUAAUUUGGAAUAUAUAUCUGUAAUGUGUUUAUUCUACAAAGAAUAAUGAAAACUUGAAAUAUCCAAUAUUAUUGUAGGAGUUACACUCUCUACAUGGUGAAUAUUUUAUUUCCUUCAGAAAACAAAAUUAGGCUGCUCUAGGUAGUAACUAAGACUUUUAUGCCAAGAUUCAGUUCAGGGAAUAAUUUGUCUCACAGGUUUAUAGUACUGAGUUGGUAUACAGUGAAUACAGUGCACAUACAGCAGAAAAACAAACUUACUUUUCUGGGACACAGUUGGAAGAAAUCUUAUGUGGUGUUUUAAGGGUCACUUGGCUCUCUGAAGAUGAGACCAGUACUUACACCUUGGCUUGCUCCUGCCAGGUCCCUGAGCUUGUGUAGCCCUGGAGGAGGUGGUGAUGACCAGAAGAGCAUCAGAGGAGCCUCCCAGGCCCCUGGGGAUUCUCAGGUGCAAUGGACCAGCAAAGGUGUUCCUGGCUGGAGCAGAGCAGGACGUGGCUGUGAGCAGCUGGGUUCUGCUCCUGUUCAGGGCACUCAGUCCCUGAGCAGGAUUCUUGCUCCAAAGGGGAUUUCUUCUCAAGCAAUGGCUUUUGUGUGCUCAUUGUGUUUUCACUUGUCAGUUUAUUUUUGCUCAGGGCAGUACUGGAGAUCUGAAAGAAAAGGCAGUUCCCUGGGUAGAUCAAGUUGCAGAUCCUGGAGACUUGCAUCCCUUCAGUAGUGCUGGGGAAGCCCUUGCAGAUAAAGACUAAAAAUAUUUAUUUAAAAUAGAGUAGUACUUCUCAUGUUCAGGGAAGAUUCUUCAUUGUGCUCUGCCUGGAUUCAUUUCUGUCCCUUUUUUGCAAGUUUCCUCAUUGUUAUUUUUAGUCUGGACCAGCUGUUCAGACUGACAGGUCACUAUUUUGUUUCUUUAAAUCACUGGUAAGUGAAUGCAAAGUGGAGCCUUGGUGAACUGAGCAAACAUUGCACUGUGGGUACACACGUGUUUGUUGAUGCACUAUUAGAACCAAGGGUCUGUACAUAGAAUUUUGUUUUGGAGCAAUAUUUGCAAAACUUGAAAACUGUAUCUUGGUGUUUGGAAUAAAUAAAAAAUAGGUUUUUGUUGGUUAAGUCUUAGUAAAGUCUUUGUUUCAAUUAAUGAUAACUCAGUAAAAUAAUUCUGGAAUUUUUUCCUUCAUGUCUCUUUGAAAUGCAAAUACUGUAGUUUGUCAGGUGUAUAUAAUAUUUAAUAUAUAUAUUUAAGUCAUAACUGUUCCUGAAGUCUGGAAGUUACUGUUUUCCAGAUCUAUGUUAUAUAAAUAUCCUUAAUAGUGCGUUGGAUAUUGUUUAAUGAGGAGUUCAUACAUUUUGUUCCCAAAUCCUAAUAUAUAUAUAAUAUAUUAGUACCUAGUAUGUGUGAUCUGACCCGAAUUUUUGUCCUGUUUGGAUGAGCAGCCUGUCAGCCACAGCAGCUCAAGGCAGAGGAAGCAGCUUCAGCUGUGUUUGGUGUGAAUGAAGCAGUUGAACAAUCUGUGCAGGGUGGGUGAGGGGGCUGGGGAAGCAGAGCAGGGGCUGGCAGUGCUGCACCUCCAGUUCCAUCUCUUCCCUCUCAGUGUCCCCCGUGGGAGCAAAGGAGAUUUAAUUGCCUUGUGCUAACAAGUUUUCCUGCUCAGUGUCAUCAUGCAGGUCUUUGAUGAUCAUUUAAAUGUCACAAUCAGGUUUUGAAGUUGUGGUCUGAAUGUGAAGCAGUUCAGUGGGGUGUGUGCUGUGGCUCCCAGGAGCUGUUGGACCCUCUCUGUGCUCCAGGCACUUGUUAGAAUCUGCUUGGUGCCCGUGGUGGUCAGAGGCUGCAGCAUUCAACUAUGACAGGCAGGGACUGGGGCUGGCAGUGCCCUGGGGAGACACUUGCCAGCAUGAGUGGCAUGUCCUGGGAAAAGGAGAUUCUCAGGAUGGGAACUUUGAGGGCUCAGGCUGCUGGCAAUGGGGAAGGGUUUGAACAGCCUUUAGAAGCCCAUCUGUCUCAUUUACCUGCUUCUGCACCACCUCUGGCUGCAGAGGAAGCUCCAUCUUAUUGCUAAGGGCCUGUUGAGAGCAGAGGCUCAGCAGUGAGGCUGCUCUGGGGCCUUUCUGCUGCUCUUCAGGCCCCUCAGCCCUGCAGAGUUGUUGGGAUCAGGGCUGUACAUGAGUAUUUGCAGUCUGCUUCUCUGAAUAAUCUACUCCUGGCACAGACCUAUUUCCUUCCCCCUUGUUCCUAGGACAGCAGUUGUGCAUGUUGAAUUACUUUUAAACCUAUUGGGCUCAUUAACUUGCCCAAAGAAAGUUGGCUGAGGACCAGCACUGGCUGCCUACUCACUCCAGCUGAGGCCAAGGGUGAUGGCAGCAGCAAAUCCCCCCAGGUUCUAGCAGUGAAAUUGGCCCCAUGGGCAAGGCACAAUAUGGUCACCAAGCCUCAGCUAUUAACAGGUGCCUUUUAAUUGAGAUACUACAGAUGGUUAUUGCUGCAUGUCCAGCAGGAUCCUGUUUUAUGGAACUUACAAUCCAUGUGUUAAAAGGUUUAAAAAUCAGCUUUGGGCAGUCAGGGGCUGGUUCCUCCCUGGCUGCUGGUCUCAGCAAGCAGAGUGGUGAAUGAUGGGGGUGAGAGCACCCUGAGGGUCCAAGACCUGCACAGACACCCACACCCCUAAAACAGCUUUGCUUGAACUUGGGUCUGAUGGGGUUGGGCUGUUCCUCCAGCCAGCCCAGGCCCCAGGGGCUCUCCAUGGUUACAGAGACACCAGCAGCCAUCCCCCUGCUGCCCAAAGUGCCCUGGGUGCUCUGCUGCUGUGCCAGGGGUCAGCUCUGUGUCAUGUCUGUGCUGCACACCAGUGCAGAGCACUGCUCCAGGGACAGCAGCUGGCUGAGCACUGGCUGUUGGCAGGUGCUUUUUCCAGUGC